UAGAAUGACCGUGUUUUUCAAAGUGGAGGCUGGCCUGACCGCAGUGGUAUCACCGUCAGCACCGUCUAUCGCGGCAAGCCUAAUCGACGUCAGAGCGAUUAUUAGUGUAGGGAUGUCUUAGCCGUCUCACAUGUAUAUUUACCAGAUUCUGGACUGGAAAGAUUGCAGCUUGUGUUCUGUAAACUGGGGCGUCGAAAACGAAAGUAACUCUAUUGCAUUAUCACUGGAUGUUCAGGCCAUUAGCCGACACGAUGUCGACACGAGCAAAACAGUUCUUGUUGCUGUCCUCCCUGGUGGCUUUGCACGCGGAAUACUCCGGGCAUCACAGUUUGAUCAUAUAUGUGACAUUCGCUCCCGGUCAUCAAUAUCUACCUAAAUACUCAUCAUAUGGCAUGCUUGAUGAUUACAGAGUAUUUACUUAUGACAGCAUCUCUGAUGUAUUUUCACAUCCCUUUGGCCAACUGGAAUCUCUGUCCACUGUCUGGAGAGAUCUUAGGGAUUGCACAAACUUUAAAACGGGCUAUUUCAACCUGCUUUCAAGAUAUGCAAAUUUAACCUUCGGGUUGAAAGGUCCACUCUUGCAGUUAAUGUAUGGCUGUCAGCUGAGCCAUAAUGGAACGUCAAGUGGACUGUAUCAUUUUUCAGUCAAUGGAGAGUAUAGUCUCUCUAUGGAUAUGGACAGCCCUCAAUGGUACUCACAUUUGCCACAAGAUCUGGACAUUAAGAACAUUCUAGACAGGUUUGAGCUCUGGAAUCACAAUAAUCUCAUAUACAUUCAUCGGGAUUGUGUUCCUCGACUCAAGAAGUUCUAUGAACACAGUAGAACAAUACUUGACCAGAAAGUUCGCCCUGAAGCUGUGAUCAGUCAUAAGCGUGCUGGAGCUCUUAACUGUGUGGUGACGGGAUUUUACCCUAAAGAUAUCACUGUAGAGUGGAUGGUUAAUGGACAGCCAGCCUUAGAUGGGAUAUCAACAGGCUUCCUGCCAAAUCAUGACCAAACAUACCAAAUUCAGGUGACAAUUCUGUUAUCUGACGCUACACAAAACUACUCCUGUCAAAUAAAGCACAGCAGUCUUCGAGAACCGAUGGUCCUUACAUGGGAUGCUUCCUCAAGUAUGACUGAUGAAAAAACUUCUCUGCACAUUGGUUUUAUUGCAGGACUUGUCAUUCACUAA